AUGGCGCUUUCAGGUAGGGAUCUGAACGGAGUUUCUUUUAUUUUGUUGAUGCUGUGGACUUCGUGGCAUCACGCUGCAUCCAGCCAAAUUAGACAGGAGUUCGAGAUUCAAGAGGAGCAGCCAGUGGGCACAUACGUGGGUACGAUAGAGACCAAACCUGGCUUCACAUACCGAUUCAGUGAGAAUCACGAACUUUUUUCCAUUAGUAGUACCACCGGUGUCAUUUUCACAACGGCGGUGAUUGACAGGGAGGUCUUGCAAAGUAGUAUUAUAAACGUUGUGGUGCUAUCCAGUCAACCUACCUAUCCCACCGAAGUCAGGAUUGUAGUGCUGGAUAUAAAUGAUAACUCGCCCGUGUUUCCAGACGCGUCGAUUGUUGUGUCUUUCAAAGAGGAUGCUAGCAGCGGCAGGCAAGUGAUACUAGACACGGCAACGGAUGCCGACAUUGGGAGUAACGGCGUGGAUCACACUACCUACAGGAUUGUGAACGGCAACGAGCAGGGAAAGUUUCGAUUGGAUAUUACAGUUAACCCAAGCGGCGAGGGGGCAUUCUUGCAUCUCGUAACGACUGGAGGUUUUGACAGGGAACUCACUCCCUUUUACCAACUCUUGAUUGAAGUCGAAGACAAAGGAGACCCCAAGCGAUUCGGUUACUUGCAAGUAAAUGUCACAAUCCAGGAUACAAAUGACAACCCGCCCAUUUUUGAUAAAGACCAUUAUCAAACCAGCGUUUUUGAAGAUGCGGUCAUCGGUUCCAGCGUUUUGCAAAUUACAGCCACAGAUCAGGAUGACGGGGUGAAUGCGGAUAUCAGGUACUUUUUGGACGAGGGAACUCCUUUUCAAAUUGAUCCUAAAACAGGCACCAUUACUAUUAAAGAAACUUUGGAUUAUGAGAGUAAGAGAGAAUAUUCUUUAACUAUUCAUGCAGUGGACAAUGGGGUGCCCUCUCUCUCAGGUAGGUCAGAGGCCACCAUCAAGCUAUUGGAUGUGAAUGACAAUGACCCUGUAGUCAAGUUCAGGUAUUUCCCCACAAGUUCAAAAUUUGCUUCUGUUGAUGAAAAUGCUCAGGUAGGGACAGUGGUUGCCUUGUUGACUGUUUCAGACUCAGACUCGCCUUCAGCUAAUGGAAACAUUUCUGUCUCCAUUCUGGGUGGCAAUGAGCAGAGACACUUUGAGGUUCAAAAGUCCCCAGUUCCAAAUCUGAGCCUCAUCAAAGUGGCCAGCGUGUUGGACAGGGAGCGCAUCUCCUCCUACAACCUGACGGUGUCUGUGUCCGACAACGGCAAGCCGGUGGCCCGCUCCUCAUUCGCCAGCUUGGUUAUUUUCGUGAAUGACAUCAACGACCACCCGCCGGUGUUCCAGGAGGCUCUCUACAGGGUGGAUGUUGGAGAGGAUGUCCCGAAAGGCAGCUAUGUGAAAGGGGUUUCUGCGACAGAUGGCGACUCUGGGCAGAACGCCAACCUGCGCUACUCCCUGGUGUCCGGAAACGCUUUGGGCUGGUUCGCCAUCAGUGAAAACAGCGGGCUGGUCACCAGCGCUGCCCCACUGGACAGGGAAGUGGCGUCCGAGGUGGUGCUGAACAUCAGCGCCAAAGACCAGGGGUUGCAGCCCAGGAUUUCAUACACCACAUUGAUCGUCAACAUAACGGAUGUGAAUGACCAGGUCCCCACCUUCACUCGGAGCGCAUAUCAUAUCUCCCUAGCUGAGAACUCCCCACCAGGCAGCGAGCUGCUGGUGCUAUCAGCCACUGACGAAGACCUGGGGCCCAAUGGCAGCGUGCGGUUCUCUUUCGGCCCUGAGACUCCGCCCAGCGUGGCAGAUCUCUUCCAUCUAGAUACAGCAUCUGGCAGGCUGAGCACUGCUGCCGAGCUGGACCGGGAAACCCAGGAGAUGUACCAGCUCUGGAUCCAGGUGACGGAUCUGGGCACCCCACCUCUCCGCUCGGCAGCGACAGUCAACGUGACGCUGAAGGACAUCAAUGACAACAGACCCGUCUUCUACCCGGUGCGGUAUUUUGCUGAUGUAGAGGAAAACGAUCCGCCUGGCUCCUACGUCACCACCGUGUCCGCCACAGACCGAGACCUGGGGCGGAACGGCACUGUGAGGUACAUCAUCACAGCUGGGGACGUGUCCAAAUUUCACGUGGGCAGCAGCACGGGCAGAAUCACCACGCUGGUCUCGCUGGACCUGGAGGAGAGGGUAACCUACCAGCUACAGGUGGCUGCAGCCGAUGGCACCGGCCUUCGGUCUCGCACCCCGGCCAUAGUCACUGUCACAGUCGUGGACAGCCAGAACACCCCGCCCGCUUUCAGCCAAAGCAUGUAUAGCUUUGUCAUAUUUGAAAACAUUGCGAUUAACUCUGUGAUUGGCACUGUGUCUGCCUCCGCCCCUGAACUGAAUGGCAAUAUCACCUACCUGAUCACAUCUGGGGACCGGAGGGGGCUUUUUGCCAUAAACGCAGCCACAGGUCAGAUCACUGCGUUCGGUGGUAUAGACAGAGAGGAACAGUCAUUUUAUCAACUCAAAGUUGUAGUAAGAGUUGGGGAGGCCACAGGGCAGGCCCUUGUAAAUGUAACUGUAAAAGACCUAAAUGAUAAUGCUCCUCGUUUUCCCCGUGCCACUGAAUAUGUUAGCGCAGUUGAAAGUUGGGGGGCUGACCACCAUGUUUACCAAGCCAAAGCUGUAGACCCUGAUGAGGGCACCAAUGGUAUGGUGCUGUACAGUCUCAAGCAGAACCCUAAAGGUCUCUUCCAUAUACAUGAAAAGAAUGGCCUUAUUACUCUUACCCGGUCCCUGGAAACAUCAACCAGCUCUUAUCGAGUGGAGGUCCUGGCAUCUGAUAUGGGGGUCCCUCAACGUUCUUCCAUUCUGAUUGUGACUGUUGGUGUGUAUGAUGUCAAUGACAAUGCGCCAACUUUCGAUCAGCUCUCCUAUGAGGUCACCAUCCUAGAAUCUGAACCCGUGAACAGCCGGUUCUUCCAAGUGCGAGCCACUGACAAGGACUCAGGCCUGAACGGUGACGUCACAUAUGACAUUGUCGGGGGCAACCAGAGGGAUUUUUUUGGCAUUUUCCCGGACGGUCAGCUGUACAUCAAAGCCGAACUGGACAGAGAGUUGCAGGAGAGGUAUAAUCUGCAGGUCGAGGCCAGGGAUCGAGCCACGGAGCCUCUCAGUGCCACGGUCAACAUCACCGUGAUCCUGGCCGACGUGAACGACAACCGGCCUCUGUUCAACAGCACCAGUUAUGUGUUCUACUUCGAAGAGGAGCAGGAAAGGGGGUCCAGGGUGGGGCGGGUGUUUGCCGAGGACAAGGACAGCGGAUCCAAUGGCGAGGUGAGGUAUGCGCUCGAGGUGCCACAGGCGGACUUCGAGCUGGACGGCAUCACUGGGGAGUUGACCAGCACCCUGCGGCUGGAUAGGGAGUCUCUUAUGAGGCAGAGGGGGGCAGCAGUGUUCACCUUUACUGUCGCAUCCUCUGAUCAGGGUGUCCCCAAGCCACUGAGGGACCAGGCGAAAGUGCAGGUGUACCUCCGAGACAUCAACGACAACCCACCCCGCUUCGCCAGAGACGUUUACCAAGCCUCCGUCUCAGAGUCGGCCCAGAACGCCACACAGCUGUUGCGAGUGUCAGCCUCUGAUGUCGAUGAGAGCCAAAACGGAGUCGUCCGCUAUUACAUAAAGGAGGGCAAUGAAGAAGGCAGGUUCUCCAUUGAUGCCAGCUCAGGUCAGGUGACCCUUGUAGGUGAACUUGACUACGAGGCGACAUCCUCUUACUCUCUGAAAAUUGUAGCAGUGGACUCAGGUGCAGUGCCCCUCUCCUCUUCUUGUAUGCUGAGUGUGAGCAUCCUGGAUGAAAAUGACAACUCCCCUUUCUUUCCCAAGUCGGCUCUGUCCAUUGAUGUCGUGGAGAACAUGAGGCCCGGUGAGCUGGUGGCGUCGGUGACAGCCACAGACUCCGACUCCGGUGACAACGCAGAGAUAACAUACAGCAUCACGGCCACCAACAACCACGGGACUUUCAGCAUCAGUCCCAACACUGGGAGCAUCUUUCUGGUCAAAAAGUUGGACUUUGAAACCCAGUCCGUCUAUAAACUAAACAUCACUGCAAAGGAUAAUGGGAGGCCUCAAAGGUCCUCAUCAAUCCCGGUGAUUAUUCACGUCCGAGACUUCAAUGAUAACCCCCCCAGUUUUGCCCCCGGGGAUAUUUUCAAGUCCAUUACCGAAAACUUGCCCCUCGCUACCUCGAUUACGACUGUCACCGCUCACGACAUUGAUGCAGACAUCAAUGGACAGCUGGAGUACUCCAUCAUCCAGCAGACGCCACGCGGGAACCACUUUGCCAUAGACUCCGUCACCGGGGUGAUAUACACGAACAAAGAUAUCGACAGGGAGUUCUCCAACCUCUUCGAGCUGACAGUCAAAGCAACUGACCAGGCUGUCCCUGUGGAGUUCAGGCGCUUCGCCCUCAAAAACCUCACUGUCUGGGUGACGGAUCAAAACGACAACGCUCCGGCAUUCAUCUCCCAGAACGCUAUCAUCGCCGAGUCCACUGUCGUCAUUGGCUCCAUCCUCACCACGGUGGUGGCCCUGGACCCGGACGAGGGCGCGAAUGGGGAGGUGGAGUACGAGCUGCUUAAGGGGGACCCCGACACCUUCAUAAUGGACCGCUACAGUGGCGACAUCAGACUGGCUUCCUCUCUGUCACCCUCGCGGCUGGUCUACAGCCUGACCGUGUCAGCCACUGACCACGGCCCAGACAGGAGGACCUCACGGACGGACCUGACCAUCAUUCUACAGGGUACGGAUGGCCCCAUUUUCUCCCAGCCCAAAUACAUCACCAUCCUGAAGGAGGGCCAGCCCCCCGGGACCAACGUCAUCUCUCUGGACGCGUCCAGCCCCAGAGGAUCCAAGACCAAGGUGGAGUUUUACAUUGUCUCAGUGCGGUCCAAGGGCAAGCCUGCGGGGCGGCUCUUCACCAUCGGACGCUUCACUGGAGUGAUCCAGACCGCUGCAGAGCUGGACCGGGAGCUGGGCUCCGACCUCUACCUGGUGGACGUGUACGCCAUCGAACCUGAGUCCAGCCUCCCCCACACACAAAGGGCUGAGGUGGAAAUAACGCUGCAGGACAUCAACGACAACCCACCUGUCUUCCCCAGCGAUGUGCUCGACGUGACCAUCGAGGAGAAUGUCAGCGACGGCUUCAGGGUAAUGCAGCUAACAGCCACAGACGCUGACGAGGGUCCGAACGCGCUUGUGACAUACACGAUAAUCAGCGGAGCUGAUGACAGCUUCCACAUCGACCCCGAAUCGGGGGACCUGAUUGCCACCAAGCGGCUUGACCGGGAGCGUCGGUCCAAAUACUCGCUGCUGGUGCGAGCGGAUGAUGGCAAGCAGUCGUCUGACAUGACGGUCAACAUCACGGUCAGCGAUGUCAAUGACCACACGCCAAAGUUCUCCAGGGGGGUCUACUCCUUCGAUAUCCCCGAGGACAUGGCACCAGGUUCCAUUGUGGCAGCGAUCCUGGCCAGUGAUGCCGACUCAGGUCUGAACGGUGAGGUCACGUACUCCCUGGAGGAGGACGACGGGGAUGGUGCGUUCCUCCUCAACCCUGUGACGGGCGUGUUCAACAUCACGCGCCUGCUGGACCACGAGGCACAGCGGUACUACAUCCUCACAGCGCGCGCGGCCGACGGCGGCGGCCGCUCCAGCACAGUGAGGGUCUACUUCAACAUCCUGGACGUCAACGACAACGCGCCCGCCUUCAACGCCAGCGCCUACAGUGCAUCGGUCGCGGAGAACCUCCCGGCGGGCUCCAGCGUCCUCGCCGUGCGGGCCAGCGACGCCGACGACGGAGUGAAUGCUGAGAUGCUCUACAGCAUUGCCUCAGGAGAUGCACUGAAACAGUUCCACAUCGACAACAACGGCAUUCUGAAAACCAGGAGGGCCCUGGACCGGGAGGCCCAGUCCUUCUACAACCUCGAGGUCAGAGUUCACGACAUGGCGCUCCCUCUGACGGCCAGGUUCACCAGCACCGCCCAGGUCUCCGUCAUCCUGCUGGACGUCAACGACUGCCCCCCCAGGUUCACCUCGGCCAAGACGGCCUACGUCCAGGAGGACACGCCUGUGGGGACGGUGGUCUUCACGGCUCAGGCCAUUGACUCCGACAGCGGACCCAACAGCUACGUGGAGUACUCGCUGCUCCGCCCCUUUGGGAACAAGUUCAGCAUUGGCACUGUCAAUGGGGAGGUGCGGCUUGUCGGGGAGCUGGACCGGGAGGAGAUGUCGAACUACACGCUCACUGUUGUGGCGACCGACAAAGGGAUCCCGCCGCUCUCCUCGGCAACGGACAUCAUCGUGGUCGUCCUGGACAUCAACGACAACACGCCAAGCUUCUCCCGGGACGUCUACGAUGUCGAGAUCUCCGAGGCCACCCUGACGGGCACAGACAUUCUCCAGGUGUUCGCCAGUGAUGCGGACGAGGGGACGAAUGGCCAGGUCCGCUUCUCCCUCAGUGACGGGAACACGGACUCCGAUUUCCGCAUUGACUCUGUCACCGGGGUGAUCUCGGUCGCCAGGCAACUGGACCGUGAAGUGAGGCCCUCCUACUCUCUGGUGGUCCAGGCAUCGGACCGUGGUAGCAGUCAUAAGACCGACCGAGCCACGGUCAACAUUGCAUUGCUGGAUGUUAACGACUGUCCGCCGUCCUUUGAACUGUCCCCCUACACUGUGAACAUCCAGGAGAACUUGAAAGACCUCCCAAAGACCGUAUUACAGGUGGAGGCCCAGGAUGGCGACCAGGGUGAGAAUGGUCAGCUGACCUACGCCCUGAGCGGGGGGAAUGAGGACGGGGCGUUCAGUCUGUCGCCCACCGGUCAGCUGAGCCUCGUACAAAGCCUUGACAGGGAGAUUCGGGAGUCGUACACCCUGAUCGUGACGGCGACGGACUCGGGGUCCCCUCCCCUCCGAGGCACUGGCACAGUACUCAUCCAUGUGGAGGACGCCAAUGACAACGUCCCGCUCUUUGCCUCCACCACCUUCCUCACCACCGUCUCUGAGGACGCCCCGACAGGGACCGACGUGCUACUGGUUAACGCCUCAGACACCGACGCGGGUCCCAACGCUGCCAUCAGUUACAGCCUGACAGGGGGCGAGGGACAGUUCUCCAUCAACCCCGCCACGGGACAGAUCAUCACCAGCUCCCUACUAGACAGGGAGGCCAGGGCCAGCUAUCAGCUGGUGGUGACCGCGCGGGACGGGGGCCAACCAGUGGCUGCGUCCAGCUCCGCCACCGUUUCCGUGGUGGUGGCUGAUGUCAACGACAAUCCACCUCGCUUCCAUCACCACCCUUACGUCACCCACGUCCCGGCCUCCACCUCCACAGGUUCCUUGGUCUUCGCUGUGACGGUGACAGAUGAAGACGUGGGACCCAAUGCCCAGCUCCACUUCUCCCUGUCCGGCAGGAACUCCGAGAAGUUCAAGAUUGAUCCUGCAAGGGGCGCCAUCACGGCCAGCGAGAAGCUGCUAGGCAGCUCUGACGUCACCCUCACCGUGCGCGUGAAAGACGGAGGGGCGAACCACAGGGCCGACUCCACAACCGUCACCGUCCGAUUCGUGCCAGGUGGAGACUUCCCCGUCAUCAGACUGGGACAGACCAGCUUCACAUUCCCUGAAAGCCAAGCCGUGAAUACCGCCCUCACUACUGUCACCGGUUCCUCUGCCAGGGGGGCGAUGCUGUCCUACUACAUUGCCAGCGGUAACCUGGACAACGCCUUUUACAUGGACCAGCAGACUGGUGAGCUCUCCAUCAAGAAAGCCUUGGAUUUUGAAAACAUACCCAAAUACGUGCUUUGGAUUGAGGCUAGGGACCAGGGCUUUCCCCCCUACUCUUCUUAUGGGAAAGUGGAAGUGACCGUGCUGGACGUCAAUGACAACGCUCCUGUUUUCGAACGGGACCCGUUCCUGACUGAACUGGCUGAGAACCUGCCCCCUCAGAAAUUGCUGGUGGUGUCAGCUACCGACCGUGACAGUGGCCUGAACGGACAGCUGGAGUAUGUUAUCGUUGGUGGAAAUGAGGGCAAUGGCUUCAGCAUCAACAAGUCAACCGGAGAGCUUCAGACUGUCCAACACCUCGACAGGGAAACCAUCGGCCACUAUACGCUGAAGAUCAGAGCCACCGACCGAGGCUCUCCCCCAAGAAGCACAGACGUCACAGUGCUUGUCACAGUUAAUGAUGUGAAUGACAACUUCCCCAGGUUUUCCCAGAUUUUCAGUGCCACAGUGCCUGAAAACGCCCCAGUCGGCUACACUGUCACAUGCGUCACCUCAUCGGAUGAGGACACCGGCACCAAUGCUGUGAGCCUCUAUACCAUCACUGACACUAGUCUUCCCUUCACCAUCAAUGGGAAUACAGGCGACAUUAGCAUCAGCAGGCCCCUGGAUCGGGAGGACACCGACCGCUACAUUGUCAAAGUCACUGCCAACAACUGGGGCCGAACCGUUAGCACAGAUGUUGCCAUAUUUGUCACGGACGUCAACGACAACGCUCCCCAAUUCAGCCAAUCAUCCUACUAUGUAGACUACCCCGAGCUGACAGAGGUGGGGUCAGUUGUGCUGCGCGUGAUCGCCACAGAUCCUGAUAAAGGCCUCAACGGGCAGAUAUUUUAUUUCAUCAGGUCCCAGUCUGAAUUCUUCAGCGUCAACUCAAGUUCUGGGGAAAUCGUCACCAAGCAGUGGGUGAAAUACCAGAAUUCCAGCAACUCUAAUGUCAACCGCCACAGCUUUGUCGUCACAGCAUCUGACAGGGGGAAUAAGCCCCUUAUGAGUGAGACCACUGUCACUGUAAACAUUGUAGACAGAAAUGACAACCCACCCCUUUUUGAAUCCACAAGCUACUUCACUCCAGUCACUAAGAGCGUUAAAGUGGGAACCAAGCUUAUCAGAGUGGUGGCCAGUGAUACAAAAGACUCUGGUUUGAACUCUGAGGUGGAAUACCUGAUAACUGGAGGCAACAGCUCUAGCAAGUUCCGCCUGGACAGACAGAAUGGUUGGGUCACUGUGGCCUCCUCCCUCUCAGCUGAUGUGAAUAAAUUUUUCCUGGCUGAGGUGAUGGCGAAGGACAAAGGCAACCCCCCGCUCUCCUCCAGAGCCACAGUGCGCAUUGCUGUUACCGAGGAGAACCACCACACCCCAGAGUUCUCUCAGAGCCACGUUACAGCCACUGUUCCAGAGAACCUAAACAUCGGCACGACCAUCAGGACGCUUUUAGCCAGGGACAAGGACAGAGAAAUGAAUGGGCUCAUCACAUACAACAUCACCUCAGGCAACGAGGCAGGCCUUUUUAAAGUGAACAGCAAGACGGGCACCUUAAGCUUAGUGCAGGCUUUGGACUAUGAGGAGAAAAAAAACCAUGAACUCAGGGUCACUGCCACCGACGGGGGCUGGAUUGCAAAGACUGGUUAUGUCACGGUCACAAUCCAUGUGACUGAUGUGAACGACAACUCACCGGUUUUUGACCCAGCUGAGUACUUCCCAACUAUUCAGGAGAAUGUUCCCAGUGGAACAACUGUUGUGCAGGUGACUGCAACCGACAAGGACUCCGGCCCAAAUGCAGUCAUGGCUUAUGCAAUCCAGUCCUCAGACAGCGACCUGUUUGUCAUCGAUCCAAACACCGGAAUCAUCACAACCCAGGGUUUCCUAGACUACGAAACGAAGCAGGCCUACCAUUUAACCAUCAGAGCCUUCAACGUCCCAGACGAGGAGCACUGUAGCUUCGCCAAUGUCAAUGUCCAGUUGGAGGGGACCAAUGAGUAUGUUCCCCGCUUUGUCUCCAAGCAGUACUACUUUGAGGUGUCCGAGGCCACUCCCAGGGGCUCGGUAGUGGGGGAGGUAUUUGCAAGCGACCGCGACCUCGGGCCGGAUGGAGAGGUCCACUAUCUGAUUUUCGGUGAGAGCCGGAAGAAGGGCUUCAGCAUCGACAGGAGGACGGGGCAGAUUGUCAUUUCGGGUCGCCUCGAUCGCGAAAAGGAGGAGAGGGUCUCUCUCAGAGUGCUGGCAAAGAACGCAGGCAGCAUAAGGGGGCCGGACAUCGACGAGGUGUUUGUGAACAUCACCAUCCUGGACGCCAACGACCCACCUGUCUUCACUUCCGAGCUGUACGAGGUGCAGGUCAGCGAGGGCAUCUCCGCAGGCAGCCUGGUCACUUUUGUCAGAGCCGAGGAUUCAGACUCCAUCCCUAGUUGGAGCCGGUUCUCCUAUGCCAUAGCUGCAGAUGAUGAGAAAAACUCCUUCACAAUAAAUCCCCAGACUGGCCAGGUUUCGGUGGUGGGUGAGCUUGACAGGGAGUCCACACCGGUGUACAAUCUCACGCUUCUAGCGGUGGAUUCAGGCUCGCCCCCUGCGACAGGAAGCGCUGUCCUGAUGGUGAUCCUGGAGGACAUCAACGACAACGGGCCCACUCUGCUGACCACCGGUGGGGAGGUGAUGGAGAACCAGCCCACAGGGACCAAGGUCAUGACCCUGAGCUCCACUGACUCUGACUUGCCACCUAACCAGGGUCCAUUCACAUACAGCCUGCUCAGCCCCAGCUCUGGUGCUAGCUAUUUCACCCUGACCCCUGCAGGAGAGCUCACCACCAGCCGGGAGAUCGACCGGGAGCAGACCAGUGACUUCUACCUCUCUGUGGCAAUAAGGGACUCAGGCAUCCCGCAAAUGUCUUCCACAGGCAUCGUUCAUGUCAAGGUCAAAGACCAGAACGACAACCCCUCACACCCCAGGACAGUGGAGAUCUUUGUCCAUUACUUUGGGAACCUGUUCCCUGGAGGCUCCUUAGGGAGCGUGCGACCGCAGGACCCCGAUGCGCAGGACAACUUCAGCUGCUCCCUCGCCUCAGAUGCCCCCAGCCUCUUCACAAUCUCCCCAGGGACCUGCGACCUCAGUGCCAGUGCCCGCUCCACGGACGGUGUUUUCGACCUCACGGUCCGCAGCAGCGAUGGUGUACACGGCGCGGUGGACAGCAAGGUGCGCGUCUCCUUCAUGGGAUUCGGCAAUGCCACUGUAGACAACAGCGUCCUGAUCCGCCUCCAUGCCCAGGACACGCAGGACUUCCUCACCCAUCACUACGCCAGCUUCCUGCGUGUGGCUAACUCACAGCUGGCCGGCCUGGGCACCGGCGUGCAGAUCUACAGCGCCUUUGAGCAAGGCAACCGGACCUUCCUGAUGGCGGCCGUCAAGCGGGGUCACGGCCAGUACGUGAACCCUGUGGGCGUGGCCACCUUCUUCGAGAGUAUCAGAGAGGUCCUUCACCGGCAGAGUGGGGUGCGGAUAGAGGCGGUAGGCCACAACCCCUGUGCCCACAACCCCUGCCUAAAUGGGGGCCGCUGCAAGCAGCGCCUCGCUGUGGGACCAGAGAUGAGCUCUCAGGAGAGCGUCCCAGUCAUCCUGGUGUCCAACCAGCCCCUGCCGCCUUACGCUUGCAGCUGCAUGCCGGGGUAUGCUGGGGGGUUGUGCCAAACUGAUAUCGACGAGUGCCUGCCCUCCCCGUGCCACAACAGCGGGACCUGCCACAACCUGGUUGGGGGGUUUUCCUGCGCCUGCCCUGAGGGCUUCACUGGGAGGGCCUGCGAGCGUGACAUCAAUGAGUGCCUGUCCAACCCCUGCCAGAAGGGGGCGCUCUGUCAGAACUACCCUGGUGGCUUCACCUGCCUCUGCAAGCCUGGAUUUACAGGCAAAACGUGUGAGUCCGCCAUCAAUUACUGCGAGCGUAACCCUUGCUUCAACGGCGGGUCCUGCCAGAGCGGCGCAGACGGAUAUUACUGUCUCUGUCCAUUUGGUGUUUUUGGGAAACACUGUGAGCUAAACAGCUAUGGAUUAGAGGAGCUGUCCUACAUGGAGUUCCCCAGCCUGGACCCGAACAACAACUACAUCUACGUCAAGUUUGCCACUGUGAAAAGUGACGCACUCCUCCUUUACAACCACGACAACCAGACCGGAGACAAGGCAGAGUUCCUGGCUCUGGAGAUCUUCAAGGGCCAAGUCUGUUUCUCCUUUAACUUGGGAAGCGGGACCUAUAAACUUGUUACCAUGAAGAAGGUUUCUGAUGGCCAGUUCCAUACUGUCAUCGCAAGGAGAGCGGGAAUGGCUGCCUCCCUAACUGUGGAUGUUUGUGGUGAGGAUCAGGAUCCAGGGUACUGUGCUGUCAGCAACGUGGCUGUCCACACAGACUGGAUCCUGGACGUCCAGCCCAACAGGCUCUCUGUCGGGGGCGUGCGGUCCAUCGAGCCCAUCCUCCGCCGCCCGGGGCAGGUCUCCACCCACGACUUUGUGGGUUGCAUCAUGGAGCUGGCCGUGAACGGGCGCCCCCUGGAGCCGGGCCAGGCCCUGGCAUCCCACGGCGUCCUCGACAGAUGUCCCAGGCUGGAAGGCGUCUGCACGGCCAGCCCUUGCCGACACGGGGCCACCUGCGUGGAUCACUGGGCGUGGCAGGAGUGCCGGUGUAUGGAGGGCUUUACCGGGAAGUACUGUGAAAGAUACAUCAGUGCUGACACAGCGCUGUCCCUGAAUGGGAGGGGGCGCCUGGACUACUCCCCAAACCAGAACCACAGGCGUGACUUCCUGCUGGGCCAGAGCCUUAGGGGCACCGCCCGUGACCCGCCGAGCCCCACAAGCAUGGAGGUCAAGUUCAGGACCCGGAACAGGAGCGGGACCCUCCUCCACAUCCAGGAGAGCAGCAACUACACCACAGUGAAGCUGAAGAACGGGAACGUGCACUACGUAUCCGACGCUGGCAUCGGGGGCAAAGUAGAGAGGACCCUGUCCGAAAUCCCUGUCUCAGAUGGACGCUGGCACACUGUCCUGCUCCAGAGGAACGGGACGGUUACCUCUGUCCGAAUCGACAGGGCCCACCAGAAGGAGAUCCUGCACCGCACGCAAGAUUUUGGAGGGGUCAACGUCCUGAGCAUCUCUCUCGGAGGAAUCCCAGCCCAGCCCGCCCAGAGGGCUGACACAGGGUUCGAGGGCUGCGUUGCGUAUGUGAAGUACAACGGGGAGAGCCUGCCGUUCAGCGGGGAGCACAGCGCCUUUGCCGUCUCCAGAAGCCACCCAUCUGUGGAGAUUGGCUGCCGGGGUCCCGACGUAUGCGCCAGCGCCCCCUGCUGGGACGGCCUCAUGUGCAUUGACCAGUGGCACGCCCACCGGUGCGUUCCCCCAGGCGACUGCGCCUCCAACCCCUGCCAGAACGGGGGCAGCUGUGAGCCGGGGGUGCCCUCGGGCUUCUCCUGCACCUGCCCGGACCUGUUUGCGGGGCCCACCUGCGAGGGCGUGGUGGCGUGCCUGGGCGUGCAGUGCCCACCGGGAACACUGUGCAGGGCAGCCGCGGGCGGGGGCCACGUUUGCAGCCCUGCCCCCGCAGUGCCGGGCCUGACCCUGCCCAUCUGGGCGGUACCGGCCAUCGUGGGCAGCUGCGCGGCCGCCCUGGCGCUGGUGGUGCUGGGGCUAAUUCUCUGCAACCACUGCAGGGGCCGCCAGGCCGCCAUGCCCAAAGCAGAGAAGAAGCCCAAGGAGGAGAAGAAGAAGAAAAAGAAGAAGAAGAAGAAGGGCAGCGAGAAUGUGGCGUUCGACGACCCAGACAACAUCCCGCCGUACGGCGACGACAUGGUGGUGAGGAAGCAGCCCGAGGGGAACCCCAAGCCGGACAUCAUCGAGAGGGAGAACCCCUACCUGAUCUACGAUGAGACCGACCUCCCUGCUGACGCCGAGACGGCCCCCAGCGCUCCCUGCGGCCCCUGCCCGGGCCCCGAGGCCGACAUGGAGCACUACGACAUCGACAACGCCAGCAGCAUCGCCCCGUCCGACGCUGACAUCAUUCAGCACUACAGGCAGUUCCGCAGCCACACCCCCAAGUUCUCCAUCCAGAGGCACAGCCCGCUGGGCUUUGCCCGGCAGUCCCCCCUCCCCCUGGGCGCCAGUAGCUACACCUACCAGCAUGCCUAUGGCCAAGGCUUGAGAGCCACACCCCUCAGCCACUCUGCCUGCCCCACCCCCAACCCACUGUCCCGCCACAGCCCAGCCCCCUUCACCAAACCCUCCACCUUCUACCGCAACAGCCCCGCCCGGGAGCUGAACCUGGCACGCAGGGAGGGCAGCCCGCUGGACCUGCACGGCGAGGCCUGCCAGCCGGGCGUCUUCAACUACGCCACCCGCCUGGGCCGGCGGAGCAAGAGCCCCCAGACCAUGGCGGGCCACGGCUCCAGGCCCGGCAGCCGCCUCAAGCAGCCCAUCGAGCAGAUCCCCUUGGAGACGGGGCCGCCGGUGGGGCUCUCCAUCGAGGAGGUAGAGCGGCUCAACACACCCCGCCCCAGGAACCCUAGCGUCCGCAGCGCCGAGCGCGCCCGCUCCUCCUCCGAGGAGGACGACUGCCGGAGGCCCCUCUCCCGGGUGCGCAACCCCGCAGACGGCAUCCCCGCCCCGGAGUCCUCCUCCGAGAGCGACUCGCACGAUUCCUUCACCUGCUCCGAGAUGGAGUACGACCGCGACAAGCCCGUGGUCUACAGCUCACGGGUGCCCAAGCUGUCGCAGGUCAACGAGUCGGACGCCGAUGACGAGGACUACGGCGGGCGGCUGAGGCAGCGGCGCUACCCCAGCCGCCGCGGCGAGGGGGGGCGGGGCAGCUCGCAGGCGCACCACGGCGACCACCACACCCUCCCCCACAAACUGGGCCAGCAGGCCGGGGGCUUCAACUGGGACAACCUGCUGAACUGGGGGCCUGGCUUUGGCCAUUACGCCGACGUCUUCAAGGACCUGGCUCUGCUCCCUGAGAGCACAGCUGCUAAAGGCAUCGAAAUGCAGGGCGGGGAUGGAGCCGCGGCCACUCCCACUGAGGGAGAAGCCGAGCAAUAUGUGUAA